AUGGCGCGGAAGAGGUGGGCGCAGUGGAGAUGGACCGCCUACCCGUUCUCCAGUCUCCCCCGCUCCUCGAGGUAUUCCCUCGAAUCGCAACAAGACUUGUACCCAACUGUCUACGGCAAGUCCAGCCACAGCAGCACGCUGGUGACGCUUCGAGCGCUGCCCAUAAGGUCCCAGAACGGCCCCGCUUCGCCCCAGCGUGCAGUCCAGAAACGCAGCCGCACAGACAAAGUCCUGGGUUCCGCGCUCGACCUUGUAGGAGCGUACCUGAAGAACUACGAGGUCGACAAGGCGGGGGCGGUCGCGGAGUCCGUGCUCCCGCUCUGCCGGGCGCGGGGCGGGCUCUGGAGGCUCAAGGUGCUGAACCACCUCUCGACGGUGCGGAUGAAGCAGGCCCGCCCGUCGGAGGCGCUGGAGAUGCUGAGGGAGGUCGAGGCGUGCGUCAACGCGAGCGGCAUCGAGCACGACGAAGCUUGGGAGUUCUGGGAGACGACGUACCGCAACUUUGCCUGGAUUUACAGCAGCCUUGACCGCGAGGACGAUGCGAUUGGUUACGUCCAGCGGGCCAUCGAUGUCAAGGAGAGGGCCGGCCAUCCGGUGUCGUGGUUCGACCUCUGGGACCUGGGGCGGAUGCGUGCCACCUCGGCCCUCAAGGGCAGCGACUCCGGCCAGAUCAAGGCUUCCCAGGACGCCGUCACGAAGGCGUUGUGGCUCCACAGGGAGGUUGAGCCCAAGGAUUUCGUCAUGCGCGCCAAGAUUUGGCACAGCGUCGGCGAAUGCAGUUUUGCGAUGGGGUUCCUCGCGGAGAAGGAGGGGCCCGGCGCCGCCACGGCGGACGAGCGCCCCAACGGCCCGGCGCAGGGCGCGGAGGCCCUCAAGCACUACCGCAAGGCCCUGAAGUGCUUCAAGGAGUCGCACAAGCUCUUCUGCAAGACGGGGGGGGCCAACAGUCCGCUGACCGGGUCGGAGGCCCAGGCCGUGGCCUGGACGCUGAUGAAGCUGGGCGAGGAUGAGGAGUCCAAGCAGCACCACCUGGGGGCCCUCGAGGCGCUGUCGGCGCAGCAGAACGGAUGGGGCGACGGAGACCUGGAUUCGAAGGCGCCCGCCCUGGUGCAGGCUAUGCAGAUUGUGGACCGCAUCAUGGAGGUGCACCGGCGCACGGGCGACCGGCAAGGCCUGGCGAGCUACUGGCCGGCCAUCGAGGCGCUGUGCACGAACGUCUGCCAGAGGCUGAGGCUCUGCCGCCGGCUCGACGCUGCCGUCGAGCUCUACAAGCCGACCUUUGCCUGCGCAAAUGUGUUCGGCUCCAUGUUGGAGUGUACAGUUGCGAAGGUGGACUACGAGUUCAACACCGUCAUGACGCCGCUUGUUGGCCCACAAGGCCUGCAAGAGGCUCCAACAGGCUUCAAUGCUGGCGCGCGAGGGCCCAGGGCUGGUUUCCAGAGCACCAGGGAGAGGCCCAGCACACCGGGCGUGAUCGAGGACUCCGACCUGCCCGAGUCCGUGGCCCUGUGGGCCAUGGACACCGAGGAGGCGUGGCCCCAUCUCGCCGGCGCGGCGGGCGGCUGCUGCGGGGAGGAUGUCAUGUCGAAGGCCUCCAGGGCCGCGAAGGUCUUGACUGGCAGCGCCAAGAAGGGCUCGCAGUCGCAGAAGGCAGGGGAGUUCAUCUUCACCGCCGACGCGCCCGAGUUCGUGCCAUUCAGCAAGAUGGGCGUCUCUGUCGGGACAGGCGGAGCAGGCGGAUCCUCAGAAGGACGACAGGAGGAGCGGCGCAGCCGGAAGCAGCGCGAGAAGGAGAAGCGGGCCGGCAAGCACGAGGCUGCAGUGAUCGCCGCCAACCCGGGCGUCCCCAUCACCACGCUGACCAUCUCGGGCAUCCCUCACAGCUACACGGUGGACUCCUUUAGGGCGCAGCUCGACCACUGGGGCCUCGCGGGCACCUACAAGCCGGGCGGCCUGGUGGCCCUCCGCCGACGGGGCCGUGCCUCCGAGCCGGCGGCGAGACCGUUGGGGCUCCAGGGACGCUCACGUGCUGCGGCGGACCUCGCUCUCGACUACGAGCGCGACGGCGUGGUCCACGGCAUAGACAUGACCAGAGAUGAGGAGGUGGCCAUGAUGGCCACGCGGACUCCUGAGGGCGAGGUCAGGCCUCCGGGGGAACCCCCGCCUCAGCCUGUAGGGAGUCGGAAUCGGCGCCGCGAUCCCGACGAGUACGUGCAGACCUAUGGCAACCAGCGCGGGUCGGGGUCGAAGUGCGGCCUGUGCGGAGAGAAAGUCGGGUGGGAGCCUCGGUGCCGCCGAGAUCUCGACACCCCGAGUGCCGCAGAGGCUGCCAGGUCGGCGGGCUUUGGCGAGACGAUCGAUUGCACCCAGGAGAGCAUCAACCACAUGGCCUCGACCCUCAACACGGUCGAGACGGCGGUGGCGCAGCUGAUCCACAUGACGCUCCGGAUCAGGACCGCGGUGGCGGCGCUGGCUCACCGCGCCAAUCCGGCGGGUGGCACGGGCUGGACCGUGGGCGAUCCAUCUCGGAGCAGCGGAUCGGGCCAGGGACCUGGAUUCGAUAUUCCGAUAACGGCCACUACUCCGAGCAGCAUCUCGGCCCGUCAGCCUCAGGAGUUAUCCCCGAUUCCCGAGGGGGAGAUCGAGAACGAGACCACCCAGUGGGAGGUGUCCAAGUUAGUCGCCGAGGAGGGGGGGUGGCGGAGGGUCCGCUCCGAGGGUUUCGCGGCGAGGAUCUCCUCCGGCCGAGAGGCCAGCCCCUCUGCGUUGGAGAGGGUGGCCGACAUCGAGGCCAGGGGUCGGGGCGGCCGGGUGAGCCGCCAGGCGGUGGAGCCCAGCGGUGCUGCUGCAGCUGCUGCCGCGGGAGUAGCCUGCCCCGCCACUGCGGACGUCGUCGCGGCCCCGAGCUCGCGGAGCAGCAUGUCGACGUCCGUCGGCCCCGACGGCAGCGCAACCCGCUGGGCAGCCAUCCCCCGCGGGAGCCCGAUGUCGCCAGACGCCGCACCGCCUCUCAGGGCGCCAGCGUCGGCGAGCAAGCGAGCUCGCUCGGCUCUCGCCUCCCAGCGCUGGCGGCGGAACGCUUCGUCCAGCUUCGCACGGCGCCGCACGAAAGGCUGCCCGCGCGACCGCGAGCGCAUGCCGAAGCUCAUGGUCUGCGCGUGCAUGGCCUCGAGAGGGCUGAAAGGUGGAGCCGUCGGAUUCGUCUCCCAGGGCGCCGCCGUCUCGAUCUGGCUUGACCCGUCUCCCCGGCGGGGCAAGAUCGACGACCUGCACGUCCGUGUCCAGCUCCUCUUCCGAAGGCAGCAAAGCAUCUGCCGCCAUGACCUGCUCCGUGGUGUCCACCUGCUGAACCUUUUCCAACUUCUUCGACUGCCGCCGGAUGGAAUUCAGUUCGGCUUGAGACGCCACCUCCAAAACACUGGACUGGACGUGGAAGCAAUGCGAGGCCGCGUUCCGCCGCGCAAUCUGCAGCGUAUUCAGCGCUCUGCCCGCAAUCGCUGCCGCGAGCCCUGGGGCCACAAGCAGGAGCCGCGCCGAGAGCUCGGAGUCGUUGCCGACGACCGCCUGGGGCUCCUCCAGCUGCUCCUGCAAGACGCGAUUCUCCUUCAGGAGCCUCUUGACGAGAACGAGUUCGAGGGCACCGCGCUACCGUCGAAGCUGCAGGGCCUGGAAGCCAACAUCGCCAAGUGGAAUCAGGCAGCUGCCCUCUUCGAGGAGGGUAGGGGCUUCGCGUUGGAGAGUCUCGACGGGCGCUUCUGCUGGAGAGUCAUGCGGCGGUCGGGCAGCGGCGCGUCCCGGUGGGGCGACUCUGGCCGAGCUGGCGCGGACCCAGCUGUGGCGGUGAGGCGGCGGCCCCGCGACGAGGCAGCGGUGGAGCACGUGCCGGAGGACGCGCUCAGCCAGCCCAUGGUGAUCCUGAUGGCACAGCCCUCGCAAUGGGCAGUGGACUCUGUGAACUCCAUGCUCGACUCGAAGCUGUCCCCGCAGAUCCGCGAGCAGUUUAACAAGACCAAGAUGUGUACGUUCCACAAGAAGCGGAGGUGUGCGCUCGGCAUGUCUUGCCCGUUCGCGCACUCAAAGGACGAGCUGCAGCCGCCGCCAGACCUUUUCAAGACGAAGCUCUGCUACAACUUCUUCCGCCAGCGCUGUAACGAUCACAACUGCAAGUUCGCCCACGGCUACCACGAGCUGCGGGCAACCAGCCACGUGUACAAGACCUCUAUCUGCCGCUGGUUCGCGAACGGGCUGUGCAAGGCAGGGGAGUCGUGCCGGUACGCGCACGGGCUGGACGAGCUGCGCGGCGAUGUGGACGCGGCGCUCAAGGACCUCUACGGCGACGCCGCUUGCUUGGAUGCCCUGGACGCGUCAGGCAUGCCGAGCAGCAGCAUCUGGGCGUCGCGCCCCACCACCCUCGCCACCCUCGGGGCCGGGCCGGAGUUCAUGGCCGAGCGGGCGCCGGCCGAGGAGGAGGUGGGCGAGGCGGGGGCCGCGCCCGCGGCGGACGAGGGCGGCGCGAGGGGGGACGCGGCCAGCGGCGGCGACCUGAGCGAGGCGCUGGCGGAGCUGGAGCUGGACCAGGAGGUGCCCAUGCUGCGGCAAAGCUCCGCGCCGGCGACGACCACGGUGCUGCAGCCCAGGGACUCGCUGCUGGAAGGGCAGGACAUCGAGAGCGAGAUGCCCAUGAUGCCACGGCAUCGCUCGUGGAGCGACGGCGACCUCAAGAAGCUGUGCGAGCUGGAGGAGGCGCUGGAGGGACCCUGGGACUUGUGA